AUGGAACUCCUCGGAUUACCCUUCGAAUUGAUCCUAGAGAUUUGGGACUCUCUAGAGACACUUUCCGAGAAAGAUGUCUUUACUCGAACUUGCAGACAUUUUUAUGAUAACUUCAACCACCGCCUAUAUUGCCAAGCCGUGACACAAGGACGCCGCGAGGGCGUCAAUCGGGCCGUACGCCUGUGCGGAGGAUCCACCUUGAAGAAGAUGCUAGAUGCUGGCCUUGACCCGAACGAUUCGUUCUGGGGUGAAGAGCCCCUAUUAGGAAGAGCAGUCGAAGCGGGCCUCACGGAAAACGCAAGAGUCCUUAUCGAUGCUGGAGCGAAUGUCAACGCCACAGAACGAUUCGGCAACUCAGUCGCAUCUUCGGCAGUUUUCAAUGGACAUGCGGAAACACUCAGUCUAUUAUUUGAGAAGGGGUUAUCGAUAGACUUUCGAGUCUAUGAAGAGCCGCCGCUCUUGGCAGCCGUUCAAUACAGUUAUGAGAAUAUCGUCGAGAUUCUACUGGCAAACAACGCCGACGUUGAUGAGCCUGGGACCGAGGAUGCAAUGAAUGGAACUCCCUUGGCAUGGGCUGCACGGCGUUCCAAAGAAGUGAUCUUUCAUCGGCUCUUACGAGCUGGGGCCAAAAGAGAUUUCACUAGUCCGAGAAAUGAGACUCUCCUACAUUGGGCGGUCCUGGGUGGAAAUGAGCGCAUCGUGUCGACACUACUAGAGGAGGGUGCUGAUCCUCACGUAGUAGACAGCGCCGGAUAUUCACCAUUGGCAUGGGCAUGCCGAGCCCGCGAAAACUCUCGGAAUCCAGAAGUCGUCAGACUUCUAUUACAGCAGAAUGUUAACACAGAGAAUAAAAGCAACGCACUUGCCGACACCCCGCUGUCGCUUGCUGCACGAACUGGCUUUACCGAGGCGGUUCGCCUCCUGCUGGGGAGAAAUGCGAACCAAUCGGUAAAGAACGCGUGGGGCCAGACGCCUCUUCUCUAUGCUGUCACAAAGGGAUAUGCGGACACUGUUCUUGCGUUACUGGAGCAUGCGCAUCGAGAUGAAGUCGGCCCGAGCUGCGAGCAAUUCAUCGAUGAGCCCGACCUAAAGGGCCGAACCCCCCCUGUUUCUUGCGACUAA